UGUGUGUGUUCUGUACAUACCAAGCCAAGCCUCACAAUGCUGCGCUCACUAAACCAAGCGGCUCAGACGUUGCAGUGAAGUCUCUGUUCCCAGAGCCAGACCCUCGUCACCGUGGUGGACAGUGGCGAGGCGCUGCAGCAGUGAUGCCUGAGCGGAGCAGGUGAGGUGAGCGAGAGGAGAAACCAUCAGCACCUGUCUGGGAAAAUUUAGAACAACGGAGGACAAAAGAAAAGAAGAAGAAGAAGAAAGAGGAGGAGGAGGAGCGUGUACCCACCCCUGCUCACACACACAGAGGCACACUCCCCCCCUCGCCUCCUCGCCUCCUCCCUCCUCCCUCCCUGUCUGUCUCCUCCACUCCGAUGCUGGUGUGGUGAACAGCAGGACUCUCUCUGCUAAGCUGCAUGGAGGCACAGGGAGGGGCAGGGAGCCCAGAGCCCAAUAAAGACAUCCAGAAGCUGCUGAAGCCCUCCAGCUCAGCCGACCUAUCCAAGGAGCUGUUCCAGCACCCAGCGGGGGAGGAGGAGGGCAGCCUGUCGGGGCACACUGCGAGCCUGCUGCACAUCUCUGAGAGGAGACAACCGCUGAGUAGUGUAUCUUCUUUAGAGGUGCACUUUGACCUCCUGGACCUGACUGAGCUGACUGACAUGUCUGACCAGGAACUGGCUGAAGUGUUUGCUGACUCUGAUGAGGAAAACCACAACGAAUUCCCAGCAGGUUCCCAACAGCCGGUGCUGCCCAGGGGUGGGUACAUGCGCUCCCCCUCAUGGACACGCUGCAGCAAAGUCCAGUCCCCGCGCGAGAGAAAACACCACAGCGACUCUGACACCGCAGAGCCCUUAAUGAAGCUGGAAAGGCCGAAGCAGCCGUGAUGUCUGUGGUGAACCAGCCGUACCGUCGAGAGAGAAGAAACAGAGCCAGACAGGCACAGCCAGAAUGGGAACACAACAUGGACCAAGAGGCCCCAAUCUGCCACCGUGCACUCACAUAAUGUUUCAUGGUGCUGAAUAAACGAGUUCAGGUCGAACUCAGGACACUGUGCUCUGUACUAUAACUAAAGAUGUGAAAUACGCACACUCCUCUCUCCCUCUCCUCUCUUUCUCUCUCUCUCUCUCACACACACACACACACACACACACACACACACACACACACACACACACAGAGAGAGAGAAAGACACACUCUGGGCUACCAGAAGAUUUUAUUUUGUUUUUUUUAAUGAUAUUACAGGGUAAGAGGCCAGCAGAGUAAGAGCACCUCAGUCCUCACUGCCUCUCAUGGUGGGCGGUUGUGUCCACGGCGUGAGGCCAGAUAUUCCGUGUGAAGUUCAGACACUGGGAUUCACAUUGAAUUACCGGGACGUGAGCUUAAACAUAUCAAUAAAGUUGUUCAAAGCAAAAUGCUGAGACCGGUUCUUAAUGUGCUGCUUGAAAAUGUAACAGGGUUUCUUUUUCUGUUGCCUAUAAAGAGGGCAAUUUAUCCAGUGGGUGAGUGUGAGGCCACAUUCUUUCCAUCAGACCCUCUCAUCUAAAUGAACAAUUUGUGUUGUAAUUUUUAAAUGGUUAAAUAAAACAUUGCACUUCUCUCACUGGAUCGUAUUUACCGUGGCCUCCAGAAUUAUUGGCAUUUGGGGCAGAUGACUAAAAGGAUAAAAAGCCAAGUCAUCUCUUGUUCAAACAUUUGUUUAGACUAAAUUAUUUAUUUCAUUUUCCUUAUCAUUUUGGAAUUGAUGGCUGCCAAAAUCACUGCUGCUAACUCAAGAUGGUAACACAAAAGUUGAUUGGCAGUCAAAUGUUAGAAAUGACGGUAGAAUCGCACCUUAGUCAGGAAGAUUUGCAGGAAUGCUGCAUAAAGUGCCAACAAUUUUCUAAUCAUCUUUUAUAAGAUAAGCAACAUGUCUUAUCUUUCUAAGCAAAGGGAAACGGCUGAUUUCUUGAUUUAUUUAUCUAAUGUUAAGCUUGUCUAUACCAGGCGUGCCAAUAAUUCUGAAUGCUCUGACACAAUGGAUCGAUGGUGACACUGGGAUGGUGCGGACAGCGCUGUGGAGAUAUGAGACGACUGGGAUGGUGGAAGAAAGAAUAAAUAUUAGUCUUGAA